UCAAAAACGAAAAAAACAAUGCAUUCUAAAAAAUUCAGCAAAUAAAGCUUUAUCUUCUCAAAAAUAUUUUUUUUGAAAAUUUUCCGUGAAUUCGGGCAUAGUUUUUUUGGCUUUUCUUUAUGAAUUUUCUCAAAGGUGGAAUAUUUUGUGGAAAACUUUUUCCAGUUCAUAUUUUUUUUUGGAUUCCUGAGAAAAUUUGCUUUCAUUUUUGUAAAAUAAAAAUUGUUUCUGCGAUGCUUCGUCCUAGAGUUAUGAUUUUUCAAAGAAAAGGCAUAAAUAGCACAUUUGGACAUUUUCAAAAAAUUGGCCAUAACUCAAAAACGAAAAAAGUGCAUUCCAAAAAUUUCAGCGAUCAAAGCUGAAGUUACCUUCUCAAAAAUGUUUUUUUUUUAAUUUUCCACGAGUUCGGGCAUAGUUUUUCCGGCUUUUCUUUACAAAUUCACUCAACUAUGGAAAAUUAUGUAGAAAACUUUUUCCAGUUCAUAUUUUUUUUGGAUUCUUGAGAAAAUUUGCUUUUAUUUUCGUGAAAAUACUUUGUUUUUACGAUGCUUCGUUCUUGAAUUAUGAUUUUUCAAAGCAAGUAGUGUCAGGGGAAAACAAAAAAAACACCUGAGUUUUCCGGGAAAAUAGGCAACACUGUUUUUUUCUCAAUUUUUUUUAUUCAUAUAUCCAUGAGCCUUGCGUGAAGAUUAUUUUAUAAAAAUACAAAACCACAGAUAACAGACAUUUAUGCUAACAUAUGGAAUGUGUGUAAACCAAGGUGUAAACCCUUUCAACGGCCAUUUCAAUAAGGAAACUUAAAUGGUAUCCAAUUUGAGAUGGCGCAACGAUCGCAUUAAUUGCGCUUGAGUGCAAAUGUCAAACGCAAGCAAUACUUGUCAGAUAGCAAGUACUGCAGCAAAUCGUUGUAUAGAUGGAAGCAGUCAACAAGGUAUAUGUUUUUUAAUCCUGACUGUACACGGAAUGAUCCUCGCACCUCCAUUAGAUCUCAUUUCCACUCACUGCCGAUGCGGUGUGUGUUGUAAAAUAUGAUCUAGUUAUCCACGGUGCAUCCCAGAUAGUUUGACAUCAGACAAUGAGCAGCAGCCUUCUGGACAAGUUGCAUCGAAAAAUAUCGGAAUACAUUUUGUUGAAAAAUCGUCAACUUCGCAGAUUUAGUCGGCUGGUGUUGGAUUGCGAUUUUCUCCGGUUUGUAGAAAUUGUCGAAGACACCGAACAUUUGCUGGAAACUUGUAUUCACAACCUUGAAGCGUACUCACCUGGGAGCAUUUUUGUCGGUGCGAUCGGUCGUAGGGUAAAGAGCCUUUGUAACGCUAGAGAUCAUUGUCUCCGAAGGCUUGAAAGUUUCGAACGGGUUAUUUUGAAUUGCGAGGACGGCCUGGUCAGGAAGAUCUUCUAUCAACGGUUGAAUAGAACCAAGAACACUUUUCAAAAACAUUUUCAAACAUAUCGGACGGAAGUGGAAGACCUUCUACUGCAGUUGCUAGAUAUCCACGAGAUCGCUCAAUUUAAGAAUCAAUUAAGUCGUACUUAUUUUCUCUAUUUAACCGUUUUCAAAAACCACGAAAACAUUCGUCACAUAGGGUAAUUUCCCCUAUAUCCGGAAGAACUCUUGAGAUCCCACGCGAUCUACAACACUUCAAACCUUAAGCUUCAAACGCACACACUUUUGCACGAGCUGUUCCUCCGCCAUUUGCAUUUUCUCGAGGAAAUGGAUAGCCCCGGAGGACCCUCGGUGGAAUCGGUCCGAGAUCGAUUGAACCAGGAAAUCACCAAAUCUCGCACCGACAUUGUCAUCCAAGAGGCGGAACUGACGGAGCUCCGUCACGAACUGUUUCCUUCCGAGAUCAGCUUGAAGGAACAACGACAUGCCGCAAUCGACCGGUUGGACAUCCAGGAGCUGGAUCUGGAGCAUCGGAUCCGCUCGAUCGAUAUCCUGCAGUCAGAUAUCCAAGGACUAGAAGCGCAAGUGGCUCGGUUGAUCGAAGAACGGGAACGGGUGCAUGAUCGAUUGAUGGAAAAGCGAGAUGCUUUACGCAGUGGAAUUCGCGAAGUCGUACGUCUGGAGAAACUGAUUCAACAGAUUGAGAAGGAAAUAUCGGACAGAAUGGUGGCAUUUCAACAGCGGCUGGAAGAUCUAGAAUUGAAAAGGCUUGCCAUCUUGGAAGACGAUACACUGACGGAGGAGGAACGAGCGCGGUUGUUGGCAGAACUAGAGGAAGAGAUUGCAAUGAUACGGGAGAAGCACGAUGCCGAUCAGCAACUGCUGAAGGAGAAGUGCGAAGAGUUGAAGGCUAUGUCCAGGAGUGUGAUUGAGGGUUUGGACAAUCUCAGAGACGAGUUGAUGCAGAAGCACUUGGAUGAGAUCAGAGAGCUGGAAGAACGGAAGAAAAAUGCGACUCCGUCGGAGUUGGAGCUGAUCAAUGCGAGAAUUGCCGAGCUACAAAAGGAGUUCGAAGAGAACAUGGCAAUGUUGGACGUGGCACAGGCGAGGAGACAGUAUUUCGAAGAUGAACAUGGAAGAUACUACAUCAACGAAUUGGGACAAAAAGUUUACCAAAGAGAAUCCGGAGCUUCAGAAUAUAUUCUGACAGAGGAUGGUCAUUGGGAAAAGAUUAGAGACGCAGUUGAAAAACAAACAGAUGAGAAAGGUGAAUUCUAUGUUGACAGUUUUGGGAGAAAAAUAUACACGAAGCGAUUCUUUGAAGAUGAAUAUGGAAGAUACUACAUUGACAGUGAAGGAAAAAGAGUAUAUCUUGAAGCGUCUCUCAUCAGCGAAACGGAAAGCAGUGUUCUACAGCCAGAGGAAAAGAGUCUUCAGGAAAUUUUAUCACUUUAAAGUGAGGAUGAAAAAUCAUCCGUCGCACCAGAUGUGGAUGAUUCUGAAGAAGUAAAAAUGCAACGUGCUAGCGAUGUUAAGUAUAUACAAGAAACUGUUGGUUUGCCGCUAAGGAAAGGGCUUGCACUGACAUUCCUUCACCAACCAGAGGAUCCGAUUGAAUUCUUGGCCAGAUUUUUGGAAAAGUUUCACAAUGACCAGCAAAAGGAAGCCGAGAGGGCCCGAUUGGUGGAGGAAGUUACGAAAAUGAAAGAGACUGCAAAAUCGCAAGUGAUCGAAAAGGUUUCAACCGAAGAUGUUUGUUGAGCUGACCACUUUCACUCUACAGCAUUGGUUGCAUUUAUUAGCUGUAAGAGUUUUCGAGUCUUUCACCCGUUCCAUGUCCAACAUACAUAGAAGUAAUCAGAUAAUAAACUUUGUCUGCACCCGCUCCGCCAAGAA